AUGGAAGAUAGACUCUCAGAAUUAAUUCAAUAAGCUAAGUACCUUUAGGAAAAUGACUAAACAGACUCAGAUAAGUACUUAUAAAUUUAUGAUCAACUCCGUUAAAUCACUCUCUAGCAGAGCGAUGAACCAAACUAUGCAAUGGAUCUUGAAGAUAAAGCUAUAACCAAUGAUUGUGCAGAAUCGUUGACAGAUAAACAAGUUUUCUAAAUAAAACAAUAAGUUCUUGCUUACAAACAUAUGAUCAGGAACGUUCCACUUCCACGUGAAAUAGAAAAGAAUAUCUACGGAUUAACCAAAGAAUAGUGGGACAUAGAAUCUGAACGCAUAAUGAGUCGUUCUUUGCGCUAUUACAAUGAAAGAAUAGAUAAAAAUGAAGAAUUAAAGAGACUUAUCAUGGAUAAAUUUAAAAAGCGUAACCCAGAGUAAAUUCCAAGUGAAUCACUUGUUAAAAUGGUUAAAGAUAACCAAUUCCAUCUGAAGAAGAGACAAACUGAGAUACAGUCUCUCCUAGGCAACAAUAUUGAAUUGCUCACAGAAGAAGCUAUUGUCCGCCUCAAGGCAGAAAAGCUGAUGAUUGAACAAAUCAAUCUCUACAAGGAAGUUAAAAACAAAAUUUUAAAACCAGAAGAAAUCACAAGAAUGCCUUCGCGCGUAUUCGAAAAGUAGCUUUUAGACAGAAGUUUUUAUAAAAAAGAGAAACCAUAAAGAAAAAGCGAACCUGAUUCUUUGAAGAAGUUUGAUGUCCAAUUCAAGCAAGAAUAAGAGAAGAGAAAGAAAUAAAAGCAUAGAGAAUUCCUCUAGUAGAUUUUCAUUCACCAAAAUGAUUUCUUCGAAUUCCACAAGAAAAUCAAGAAAUAGUUGAAGAAGCGCUCAAAUGCUGCCAGACAAUAUCUCGAAUAGCUCCAAAUCAAGUAACAAAUGCAAAAAGAAAAGGAAGCUAAAGAACGUAUUCAAGUUCUUAAAUCAAACAACAUCGAAGAUUAUUAUACUUUGAUUGCCCAAAUGAAAAACUCUCGUAUUUUAGAUCUUUUAAAGUAAACUGAUAAAUUCUUGCGUGAGCUCGGUGCUAAAAUUAAAGAACAAAAAGGUGAUGCUUAAAAUGAGGAAGAUACUGAUAUUAUGGUAGAUCCUUACGAUGAUGAUGUCAAAUUGUUAGAAAAUCUCUCUAAAUCAAAUAAAGUAUAUUACAAUUUGAGUCAUAAGAUUUAAGAAACAAUUGACCAAUAACCAACUAUUCUUGAAGGUGGUAAGCUAAAGCCUUAUCAACUAAUAGGUCUUAAAUGGCUCAUUUCUCUUUACAACAAUAAGCUGAAUGGUAUUUUGGCUGAUGAAAUGGGUUUGGGUAAAACUAUUUAAACUAUUUCUCUUUUUGCUUACCUUAUGGAAGUAAAGAAGAACAAUGGACCCUUUUUAGUCGUCGUCCCUCUCUCUACAAUCAGUAACUGGGUUCUUGAAUUUGAUAAAUGGGCACCCAAAAUCAAGAAAAUUGCCUACAAGGGCUCUCCUCAAGUAAGAAAGGAACUUGCUAAGGAGUUAAAAACAACUAAAUGGAAUGUUUGUAUUACAACAUAUGACUACAUCUUAAAGGACAGACUCACUCUUCACAAAUUCGACUGGAAAUACAUUAUUGUUGAUGAAGGUCACAGAAUGAAAAACUCAAAGAGUAAAUUCGCUAGUAUAUUAGGCUAACAAUACACAAGUGAUUAUAGAAUCCUCCUCACUGGUACUCCACUAUAAAAUAACUUGGGAGAAUUGUGGGCUUUGUUGAACUUCUUGCUUCCAAAAGUAUUUUCAAGUUGUGACGAUUUCGAAAAGUGGUUCUCUAUGCCCCUUUCUAAGUUUGGGUCUGCAGCAGAAAAGGAAUCUGCCUUAACAGAAGAAGAAAAUUUGCUUAUUAUCAAUCGUUUGCAUUAGGUACUCAGACCUUUCUUGUUGAGAAGAGUCAAAAAGGAAGUAGAGGCAGAAUUACCUGAUAAAGUUGAGCACAUUAUUAAAGUUGAAUUGUCUUCUUGGUAAAAGAUUCUUUUCAACAAAAUUAACGAUAGAAGUAUUGAUACCUCAAACGAUAAUUUCUAAUCAAAGAAUGGUAAAAAGGCUUUGAUGAAUUUGAUGAUGCAAUUGAAGAAAUGUUGCAACCAUCCUUACCUUUUCUUAAACAGUGACGCUUAUCAAAUUGAUGACAUGAUUUGGAGAGUUUCAGGAAAAUUCGAAUUACUUGAUAAGAUGUUAGCAAAACUAAUCCGUACUGGACACAGAGUGCUUAUCUUCACAUAAAUGACUCAUGUUAUGGAUCUUAUGGAAGAAUAUUUCAAAUUAAGAGAGGACUACAUUAAAUAUCUCCGUCUAGAUGGUACCACUAAGGCUGAUGAAAGAGGUGUUAAGAUGGCUCAAUUCAACUAACCUAACAGUCCAUAUAAUGUUUUCAUCCUUUCUACAAGAGCUGGUGGAUUAGGUUUGAACUUGCAAACUGCUGAUACAGUUAUUAUUUUCGAUAGUGAUUGGAAUCCUUAGAUGGAUUAACAAGCUUAAGAUAGAGCCCAUAGAAUCGGCUCCAAGAGUGAGGUCAGAGUUUACAGAUUAGUCACAAAUACUUGGAUUGAAGAAGAAAUUCUAUCUAAAGCUGCCUAUAAGAUGGGUCUUGAUGAAAUGAUUAUCCAAGCAGGUCUUUAUAAUUAAAAAUCUACUGAUAACGAUAGAGAAGAAAAAAUUCAAGAUUUGCUUAGAAAGAAAAAACGUUAUGAUGAAAUGGAUGAAGAAAUUCCUAACGACGAAUAAAUUAAUUAGAUUCUUUGUAGAAACGAAGAUGAAUACUCAAUCUUCACCUUAAUGGAUCAAGAAAGAAUUGAAAAAGAAAAAGAGAGAUACGAAAAGAUAAUGUCUUACAAUCAAAAUCAAGGAGCAAGUGAAGAUGAAAAUGAUAGAAAAGUUAACUAUCGUCUCUGCACUAUUGAAGAAGUUCCUGAUUGGAUAAAGGCUCCUCCUGAGAAAGAAUCUGAAAUAAAAGUCUAUGGAAGAGGUUCAAGAUAAAGAAAACAAAUUAACUAUUGUGACACCCUUACUGAUCUCUAGUUUGCAAAAAUGAUUGAAGACGGAAAGAAUCCUUAUAAAAAUGGAGAAAAAAUCAACCUUGAUGAUUAUUUGAGCGAAGAUGAUGAAGAUGAUUAUGAUGAAGACGAUGAUGGAGAUGAUUAUAGAGCUAACAUCUCUGAUAGAAGAGAAAGAAGACUAUAAAUGUAAUAGUUAUAGGAAUAAUAAUAAAACCAAUCAUAAGCAGGAGAACCAGCUAAGAAGGACAAUCCUGAUACUUUAGUUCCUGAGAAGUAAUUAUCUUCUGAAGAACAGAAAAAGCUUGAGGAAUCAAGGAAGGCUGCAGGCAGAAAAGGAAGACCAAGCAAAUAAGAGUUAAUGACUCGCAAGCAAACAAAUGAUUCAUAAAAUAAUUCUGUGACCAAGUAAGAAUAUGAUGAUAAGAGUGCUCGUAAGAAUAAAAAAUUGAAAGUGGAUGAUGAUGAUUUAUAGAGUUAAAAUAGUUAGUAGUAGCAGCAAUAAGGAGGCACAAACCAAAGAUAGACCAGAACUAGAGGUCAGUAGUAAAAUGGUAAAAGUAAAGUUGAUUACGAAGACAAAAUAUACAUGGAAGAAGAAGAUAACUACAACGAUUUUGAAGAAGAAGAUGAUGAAUGA